UAGACAUCCAGCCAAUAAUACAGGUACAGUUACUGUUAUUAGUCACGCAGGUGUGAGAGAAUGAAAGCGUAGUAGACCUAUUCUACUCCAUAUCAAGGAACGUCAUAGCAGGAUGUAGUAAUGCAGGUUUGUACCGGACGGGGCGUCUCAUACACUGACACUGUUACAGAAGUGGGUGUUGUCUACUGACUAUCGUUCUAGGUCCUGCCACGCUUUGGACGUUUGAAAACGGGACGAUUGUAGCAAGGUAUGAAGUUUACAUAGAAGUACGUGUACAUGCCUCUGUGAAGGACACUUAACAUCAACAGGUGCAUAGUGAAAUCUGGAUCAGUGUUAUCCAUACCGCCAUGAUGGUGCAUGUUUGCUAAUAAGAGACCCGUAAGGUGGAUGUUUCCUGGGACACUGUGUGAUUCAUAUGUCGUGUUGGAAGUUUGCUGAUAAGAGACCCGUACGGUGGAUGUUUACUUGGAUACUGUAUGAUUCAUGUGUCGUGUUGGAAGUUUGCUGAUAAGAGACACGUACGGUGGAUGUUUACUGGGACACUGUGUGAUUCAUAUGUCGUGUUGGAAGUUUGCUAAUAAGAGAGCCGUAAGUAAAAUAACUGUUUUGUAAGAAAAGGUUUCUGCUGAGUAGACGUAUCUUUGAAGGACUGAUUCCAGCAGCAAUGUCCAGCAACCCUAUGUACGGACUCUUUGGGGCAUCUGAGGACGAGCCACUGCUUAAUGAUGAGCAGCUUGGCCUCACAACAGUCCAGUUUGGACACAGUGUCCGGGUCUUUCUGAUGAGCAGUGUAUCUGAAGAUGUUGCGGAUGAAGAUAUACUUUACAGAAAGUUACUGGUGGGCAAUGACAGUGUGUUUGACGAUGAUGCUGAUGACUAUAUGGCAGCGUUUGGAGACAGCGUUAGUUCUGCAACAGCGCAACGUGAUCGCAAGGGAAGAACGUUUGGCAGCCGUGAAAAGAGGCGAAGCCUAUUGUCGUUCUGUUCUGACCGUCGGAAAGGCCGGGCUGUAAAACCAAGGGAUAAAACUCUCCAGAUUAUCACUUCGGAGAUUAGUGAUAUUAUCUCGCCUAUUGACAGCUUAUCUGAUUAUGAAUCUCUUCCUGAUCCACCAUCAGCUGCGUACCUUGAGCUCCUUAGCGGGGAUGACCAUAUUUUGUACACCAUUCAGAACCUGGAUAGCAACAAGGUGAAGUUUUUGAAGCAAUCCCAUACACACAGCAUGAAGAUAGCAACCUUAGCUCACACUAAAUGUGGUGAAAUCAGAUGGGAUGAGAGCAAGGAUGAUGAACUGGUUGUGGCACUUGUGAAAGAUGAUAAUACAGAUCAUCUCGAUUCUUCAGACUCCUCGGUUUUCUACAUUCAGACAUGGAGAGACAACAUGGAUACAGCCAUCGCAGAUGUCCUUAGAGACAUAAAAGUACAUCCAGUUACUGUGAUGCAUAUUUUAUGGCCAGAAAUGAAACAGAAAAAAUUAUCGAAGAUUCUUCCACAAACGUCAGAUGAAGUGAUGGUGAGUCUGUCCGACGACCAGCCAGGAUAUAUUGUUAUUGGAGUACAGGACCGAGUGUUACCGAUUGUUCAGAAUUUAUUGGUGCUGGUUGAACAAGCUGAAGAAGAGCAUAUCCUGAAGAAGUACGCCCCGGAGCAGGUUCUAAAGGCACCAGAAGGAGCUGGUUCAGGAGAGGAACAACAGGAAAGAAAGAUUUACGAAGAGCGAGACAAAAUCAUGUUUCUGCAAAGGCACUGCUCAUCGUCAAUAGAUAUAAUCAGGAGAGAACUGUCUGUCACUAUCUCAUUUGAUCUCAAGUCCAACUGUAUCAUCAUGUGUGGGUCGAAGGCUGAAGAAGCCUUUAGUCGCAUCAAAGCUCUGGUCGCUGAUGUUAAGAUGGAAGUGUACAAGUCAAUGCGAAUGGGAGCAAGAAAAUAUUUCAAAUCCGCCACAGGGGAGACGUCAGUCAGGCAAGCUGAAGAUAAAUAUAAGUGUUUCAUUCACAGAAACCUUGAGAGGAGAGAAGCGGAACAGUCGGACGGUGUUGCCUCAGCUGACAUUGAAGUUGUCCUGAAACUAGGAGAUAUCGCAUUAACAAAGGUGGACGUAAUCGUCAACUCAACAAACGAGAGACUCGACUUAUCUGGUAGUGAACUGUCCAAGGCCAUAGUUAAAGUAGGAGGCGCUGCCAUACAGACGGAAUGCAAGGAGCUAUAUCCACAAGGAUGCAGAGUUGGGGAUGUUGUAAAGACUCGUCCAGGGAAACUACACUGCAAAGAGCUGUAUCAUUGCUGUCUUUCAGACUACAGACGAGAGCAUCCCGGUCAGGCUGAGAAGCUUCUAAGGGAGAUAAUUCUGCAGUGUCUGCACAAAGCGUCUGUAGCUGGUCAUAGCAGUGUGGCCUUCCCUCCCAUUGGCACCGGCAAAAGGCAAUACCCAACCGAUGAGGUGGCAAGAACCUUCAGAGAGGCUAUCAAAGACUUCACAAAAUCAAACCACUUCAGUUCUCUGGCAGAGGUCAUGAUUGUGUGUUAUCACACGAAUCAGGACCUAUUGAAGAUUUUCAAGGAUGCUUAUGACAGUGAGAAAACGAAUCCAAGACACUCCUCCCUUUCAAACAUUUCCAUGAUGACAGAGUUCCACAUAGGCCAUGUUCUGCUCAUUGUGAAAGAAGGCAACGUCUUUAAGGAGGACGUGGAUGUUGUUGUAGUCCCAACCGACAACAAAAUGUCAGUGUCUUGCGAAGUGAAGUGGACCUUUGUACAUGAGUUUGGAGACAACACCUUUCGUCAGUGGAAAGAGUCCAACAUCCGGAAGUCUGGAGGAGUGAUGCUGCGUGUACCCGGACAUCACUGUUCCAGUAUCCUGGGCAUAUCCAGGGACUUCUUUACUGGCGACUUGUUCAUGAUGAUCUGCAAGUGCUUGCGGAAAGCUGAGAAAAACAAAGUGACAUCCAUCGCUAUCCCUGUUAUGACAGGUAACACUAAGGGUGAAUCCCUUCCGGCAGUAUUGAUUAAGUCCGUCAGAUGUCUCAUGGGCUCACUUGAGUUUGUCCGAGAAGUCAGGCUCGUCUACACCGACCCUGCAACCAUGGUUGCCGCCGUGACGGUGAUUGAAGAACAGCUCCCUUCCACAUGCGUGGGAAGGUACAGGUUUGCGGAAACGACCCCGGAACCUCCAGCAGAGGGUUCACAAACGCAGAGUGAAACGGAUGACUGUACACUUCAAGGUGGCCUCGCCAUGAAAAUAGUGUGUAACAACAGGAGGAGUUUCGGAGAAUGUCAGCAGUUCCUAGACAACCUGCUGAUGGAAAACCUGUCUGUGGAGACACUGGAGAACCCAACCAUCGGCGACCUGACAGAACAGCAGGUUCAAGAUAUACAGCGCUUGUGUGCUGAUAUUGACGUGACCUCCGAGGUGGACACCACGAACUGUGUCAUUUAUCACUCCGGGAUGAAGGUUGACGCCAUCAAGGCCAAGGGUCAGACCCAGGAAGUGCUGAAAAAUAUUGAGUUCGUCCAGAAGAACCUAGAAAAAGCUGAACUUCUUCGUCGUCUUGUGGAAUGGUGGUACAUCACUGAAGAUGGUCAUGAGAUGAGCUUCGCGCCCAUGACCAGCAUGCUGAUUGAAGAAGCUUUCUUGAUGAGAUCUGCACAUCCUACGGCAGUAGUGCAGACAGCGACGUGUAAAGUCAACAUAGACUUUACCUCCAUGGAUAUCAGUUCCCGGGAAAACCCCAACCACAGAUUCCAGAUUAUCAGGAAAAAAGGCCCAGCUGUGCCUCUCCCUGACAUCUGGGAAGACAUGGGAGCCAAGGAUAUCAUCGCGCCAAGGAUCAAGGAUGGACCUGAAGCUGAUAAACUUCGUCAAAUGUUCAUGUCCAACGCUGGGAACAAGUAUGAGAUUAUGGGGGUAUACCGGAUUCAGCAUAAAUACCUGUACGAGCAGUAUCAGAUACAGAAAGAAGCCAUGGAGAAAAACUACCCUCACAAGAGCAAUGAAAGACACCUGUGGCAUGGCACCAACGUGGAGGCCAUCAAAAACAUCAACAAGUAUGGAUUCAAUAGGGGCUACUGUGGAAAGAACGGCACGAAGUUUGGACGAGGCGUAUACUUUGCCACAGAAGCCAGCUAUUCCUCCAGUGAUGUCCUGUCUGUUCCGGACGAGUCCAAACACAAAUACAUCUAUCUGGCACAGGUUCUGACCGGGGUUUCUACAAAGGGCAGCAAGAAAAUGUUUGACACCCCGUUAAUCGACCGGAAACGAUCUGUCCGCUAUGGGUGCACCGUGGACAACAGUGACAACCCAUCCAUGUAUGUCGUGUUCAGGGACACACAGGCCUACCCGAAAUAUCUGUUUGUUAUCAGAAAAAAAAAUCCAAGUAGACAUGACAGCCACUGUCGUGUAAGAUCCCUUUGCGUAUGCAGCGUCGCAAAUACCGUUAUGACUCCAGCCAUUGCAUGCAUGGUCGAACUACUGUCGUGGAGACUGCAUCCGUUAUAUGAGAUGAAAGAACGUAACGUACAUUUGCCAAUGCGUGUGUAUAAUCUCUUGUGUGCUUAUUUUGUCCAGAUCGUAAUGGACGUUUACAGUCUAAUUCAAAUGCAUUCCAAAUACAUAUUAUUUAAAAAGGGUUAUUAUGUGCCUAUGCAUGUACGUUCAAAGCCAGUGUUUAGGGGACAUGACACAAGUUUUUCCCCUACAUUUUCUGACUACGUGACCGCUUGCACAGAACGGCGCCUUAAGGAAGCUGGACAAGCAAGUGCUGGGUACUCACUCCAACCAUUUAACCAUAUACAGCCACAUAACGUGGAAUACAGCAGGACAUCAACAGUGUUGCUUGGUCAUCAGGAUCAGAUCUCUGAAAAGAAGAACAUGUCACAGCAAUUAACUGGAUUGACUGCUGAAGACGACCGGAGGGUCAUCGUCGAGCCCGAGUCCACGAUGAAGUUGCCAGACCGAGAGGUGUUAUGGAGGUACUUCGAGAGCCGGGAGGUGUCAGGGGGAAGGAAGCUCGACUUCAUGGAUGUUCUGUCUGACAACACAGCUCGGCUGACGUUUCGAGACCCUUCAGAUGCAGCGAAUAUUGAGAGUCGAGACCAUGAAGUGAACGGUAUUCGUCUCAUGGUGUACCCGUACUACAGCCAACCACAGAAGUCCAACGACGACCUAUACGACAAUAGACUGGAACUGUCUCCCCUCUCAGAAGACUAUUCCACAAGAGACACUCCACAGCCAGAAGACGCUCAAGAACCAGAAGACUCUCAACAACCAGAAGACUCUCAGCUUCCAGAAGACGUUCCAGAACCACAACAAAGAGGGAAAUCACCAGUAAUACCUUCCCCUCCUCUCAGUAGUGAGGAACUGAACAUAUCAAGCGGUAAGGUACGCUACAUGAAAACAUUUCCUUCCAAGUCGCUUCAAUCUCUGAUCAAAGACUUCGUUGAAGUUGAGUAUGCUACUGAAGCUGUCAUUGUGAAAGGGAAUGGGUCGGACUUUAAGAAGAAGGUGAAUAGUCUCAAGAUGGCUAUUUUGGACAUUAAAGAGGACACUUUUGAAAUGCACAAGCGCCAUGUGUACGAAUUCUUGACGUCAUCUAAUGGUAGAAAGGAACUCCGGAAGGUUGAGGACAGAUUCCGAUGUGCUAUAAGCGUCGACCAGGGCGUGUACUCGGAUUUGAAGAAAGAUGGAGAACCAGACUCGAGCAUUCUCGGCACCAAUCUGAAGUUUAUCCAAGGAGAUAUAGUUCGCCAGCGGGCUGAUGUACUGGUCCACACAGUGGAGAAGGAUCUUGAUCUAUCACAAGGAUCUCCUAGUAUCGCGCAGGCAGGGGGAGACGAGGUACAGGCUGAAUAUAGAACCAGGUACCCCAAUGGUAUCAAGUACGGCAAGAUCGCAAAGACCAGAGGAGGGAAUCUCAGCUGUAAGGAGGUGUUCCACUGUUGUUUGCCAGAAUACUCCAGCGACCCUAAACUCAAGCUUCUGGAGAAAGUUGUCUACAAAUGCCUGUAUGACGCGUCCAUGAGCGACUACCGCAGCAUGGCACUACCAGCCUUAGGUACAGACAAACUGGGCUACCCCCCUGAUGAAGUAGCACAGAAAAUGCUGACAGUUAUGUUAGACUUCAUCCGUUAUACUUCAUCUCUGAAAUGCAUCACCAUCGUUAUUGGCCCUGGCAACAGCGGCGUCGUUCGGGCAUUUGAAAAAGAGAAGAUCAGGCAACAUCGGAACUCCAAGCUAUCCGAAGCCGAUGUCUCCGCUGUGGCGGAUGCUGGGUACCCGGUGGGGAAGUUCAAGGUUCACCUCCGACACGGCGACAUCAGCAAGGAGAAAGUGAUUUGCAUAGUCCACUUCACUAACUCAACAACACCCUUGAACAUAGGUAUACUGUCAAGCCCUCUGAGUGUGGCGUGCGGUAAGGACCUAGAACUUCAGUGCCAGCUGACAGCUGGUCAAAUGAAGGAGAAAAGGAAUUGCCAUGACAACGGCACCAAACAUCCCUGCCGACAUCAUCAUGCACAUCGGCGUUGACCGUUUCAAUGGCAACUGGAAAGACGUCAUCAAAGCAUGUUUGAAAGUUGCGACUGAGAACUGUUUCACAUCGAUCGCAUUUCCAGAGUUUGGAACAGGUGAUGGGAAACUUCCACUCGAGAAAAUGCCGAAGCUGCUGGUGAGAUGCUUGAGGGACAUCGAGAAGAAGAAGUGCUCUCUCACCGACAUCAGCUUCAUCAGCAGCGACGCAACUACACAUACCUUGUUUUGUUCACACUUGGAGGCGCUCAUUGGCCACAAGGAUAUUGAAGGUCUGUUGUCUGGCGGUGUCUCUGGACCGACCUCCUCCACAGACACUUUACCAAGACAAACAGUGGAAGCACAACAGUCGGGACUGUGGAGCAAGUGUUCGCGAAGACCGCCAUGGACGGUGAAGCCGACAUUACAGUGUAUUCAGAAACAGAAGAUGUUCUACGUCGAGCGUUUAAAGCAGUAGAAGGUAUCUGUGACAUUCGCAUAGUGACGAGGACGUUUGAAGAAAAGAGGCUGAAGAAUAUGUCACCCUCUCAGAUUCAGAGCGUUAAACGAUCACUUGAGAGCAUGCCCAUGGACAUCACCAUCACGUGGGCGACGGGGAUGGUGGAGCUGAAAGGUGUUGACGAUGACGUGCACGAGGUGGAGUCAGUGCUGACACGGAUAAGCUGAUUGAUGACGAUUCAACCUUAUAAUAGUAUUAACUGCCUCGCGCAGAUAUUAAAACAAAACUGUAUGGGCUAUGUAUUUUGUUUUGGUCUGACAUAAUUAUGUACUUCUAUUUCUAACAUAUAUCGUAUUGUGUGUCUUCAACUGACUAUGCCCCAAUAUAUGUGUAAAUCUUCCUCGGCUAUGAUUCCCCAAUUAUGAAUGUACAUUACAAAGUCCCGAUGUACAGUACCAAUGUGAACGACAAUGAUUUUGAUUUUAUCCUUGUUAAACAUUUAUAAAUGGAUGUUAAUGAAUUAAUGGAAUUAAAUGGAAUUAAUUUAUCAGCUUGGUAUUACUUGUACUGUUUGAAGAUUACAGUUUUGUUUGUUUAACAGAUUUUUUCAUAACCGUCUUAUAGCUCUCACUGUGCAUAAAAUCCAUAACAUGUAUUUAUUUGUGUAUGCAUAAUUACGUAUAUUUUGUCCUUAACACAUUUUGCUUUAGAGUGGUCGUCUUUAAUAAAAUCGUGCGAGGAUUUCUAAAGAACAAGAUUCGAACCACAAUUCACAGCUGUGUGUAAUGACUACCCUGACAUAUUCUCAUCCCUCUCCUAACGUGUGCAUUCUAAUAUUUCAUUCUCAAAUUCCAUGAAAGAAAUAUUCUCUCAAAUAUACUGACUGAGUAUAGCUAGGCUACCCCACCGCCCCUCUCAAAUAUAACUUGCAAAUACAGUGAGAUAGUGCCAGGCUCUUUUGAUAAACAAUGUGUGUGUACAAGCUUAUGAUCAUAAAGAACUGAUGUUUUGAAUGAUUACUAUGUAUCAAUACAUAGAUAUAUGUGUAAUGUAUAUGGAUUCAACUAAUGCGUCAUUGUUGAGUUUGGUUACCGUCUUGGUCUGAAAUAAAACAGAAUGUCUGUC